AUGUGGCCGGUUCACGGGUGCAUUCUCUUGCUCCUCAUCUCUGUCGGUACGGCCACCGUCCUUGAACACUGUUUACAGGCCGUGGACACUGCCUAUGGAUAUAUCACUUUUGCUGGAUCGCCGCCAAAGGAUGUCUGGCAUUUGCGCUGUCAAAACCCAUUGCGGGUCACCUCAAUUUACGCGGCCUCGGGGGUGUAUUGCAACCCAUCCGAAAAUGCCGCCGGCCAGGCCUGGCUGGCCUCGUCCUGCCAAGAGUUCGCCGGUCUCGAACUAAUUCCGCGGGAGCAACUAGCUACGAACCUAACGGACGAUGCCAUCCGUCAUAUGCGUGUUGUGGCAUACGGUGACAUCUUGAGGCGGGAGCCAGUGGAUUUCCCGGUCAUGCUCUCGUCGUCAUAUUUUGAUCGGGCUUUUCAGACCAUAGAUACGUGGGAAACCCAAGUUUGGUACAAUCAUGCAUUUGGCUUGGCUAUGUACGCGUUUUGGGGUUGGGUCCUCGCCUUGGGGAUCCUGCAUCGAUCACUUCAGUACACGAAACAAUCAUGUCGUGUCUGGGAAGACAGAGCGUCGUCUUCUUCGGCCGGCCUAUAUACCCGUUUCCACAAAGUAUAUAAUUGGGUACGGACUCAUCUAUUGACACCAUCGCCUCUCCCAUCUCGAGGCCGUCGGCUUUUCUGGUGGACAUUUCCUGCACGGAUACAAGCCCUGGUAGUUCUACUAUGUUGGGUUCUCAAUAUUGUUCUGUGUGCAAUUAUGUACAAGGCUUUCCCUGGUAAUCUCUAUUGGGCCGACAUCUCAAGCCAGCUUUUACGAUAUAUCGCUGAUCGCACUGGAAUCAUCUCAUUUGCGAAUAUCCCAUUGAUCUGGCUCUUUGCGGGCCGCAACAAUAUAUUUCUUUGGGCGACGGGUUGGAGCUUUGCAACCUUCAACCUGUUCCACCGACACGUCGCCUGGAUUGCAACCAUUCAGGCUGUCGUUCAUACUCUCCUUUACCUGGUUAUAUUUAUCCAAAAUGGCAAUACCUGGAAGAAGCUACAGAAACCAUAUUUGCUUUGGGGAACAUUUGGCAUGGUGGCGAUGCUGCUACUUUGGCCAACGGCGGUGGACUUUUGUAGACGCCGUACCUACGAGGCAUUUCUCAUUCUCCAUAUCCUGCUCUCAACUGUAGCCCUCGUCGGCUGUUUUUAUCACACAGUCAUUUUCGAAGGAAAUCAGUAUUGGGCUUAUCUCUGGCCAGCCGUGGGGAUCUGGGUGGUUGAUCGAUCCCUACGUCUAGUCCGGGUGAUUCACUGCAACUUCCAUGUCUAUUUUCAAUCCAGAAAAAAGCUCCGGGUAAGCGCCAGCACUGCCGUCUACGACGAAGCUGCCGAUGUGAUUCGACUGGAGAUUGUGCCGGGAUCCCCACUCCUUCGUCCACACCCAGGGCAAUAUUACUAUCUCUAUCAGCCUUUAAGGCUAAAGGGCUGGGAAAGUCACCCCUUCACUUUGGGGGCCUGGUCAUACACGGCUGAGCUUCCAACUGCAAUGGCCCAAGACGACCCGAUCAGGGGUGUAUCGCGGGUGCCUUUGUUGUCCGAUGCUGUCUCUCGUCAGUACCAGGAAGUAGUACAUUGCGAUGACCAACAAAAGGUCACGCUUAUCUUUUGGAUCCGGCCCUUUGACGGAUGGACGCGCCAUCUGCGGCAACAAUGUCUUCGUCGUCCCAACCGGACAACCGCCCCAGACAUCCUCCUGGAAGGUCCUUAUGGCCAUGAGUUCCCCCUUUGGAACCACGAAUCCGUUCUGUUUAUAGCAGGGGGAACCGGAAUUGCGGCUAUGGUACCUUAUAUCCAGGACCAUAUGGCACGUUCGUCGACCGACGCGAGCGCGACCUGUGUUCAAGAUUUGCACUUGGUCUGGACGGCACGCGAAGCGUCGUUCAUCCGCAACCUUGUAGCCCGUGAGCUAAGGCCCGCCCUCGCGCGUAAUGACUUUCACGCCUCCUUUUAUAGCACCUUAACGCCCAAGGACCAACGCUAUGGGGAGGUGGAUGACUCCGACUUUUGCCCGGGGGGCAAUCUAGCAGACAAGGACCUGGGGAUUAUUAGCGGGCGUCCCGACCUGCAGACCCAGAUUCUUACCCACGCACACGAAGCCCGUCUCAGUGAGUCGUCAGCGGUCGUCAUCGUCUGUGGUCCGCCCGCUAUGGCGGACGAGGCGCGCGCCGCGGUGCAUUUAGCCAUGCGGCAAGGGUAUCGCGACCUCCACUACGUGGAGGAAUCGUUCAACUGGUGAUAAGGGUUUCCCAAGGUGUAUACGGUAUUAGGUUCGCUCGAUGAGGAUCAUUCAUUCACGGAUUCGGCGUUGGUCAGAAGAGAGAAGCGAG